AUGGACCUUUACAGCACAAUACUUCCAACAAUAGCGUGUAAUGUUUCAGCCUUAGCGCUGAACGCAUCCGAUGCGUGUAACGCGAGCGUGGCUGCCGGAGACAGCGCAGCGAUAAACAAACACUAUUUCAUAAGCCUUUUCUUAUCUUGCAUUUAUACUGUACUGCUCUUCCCAAUCGGAUUUUUGGGGAACAUCAUGAUCCUGGUUGUGAACAUUAGCUUCCGCGAAAAAAUGACCAUUCCCGACUUGUACUUUAUCAACUUGGCGGCCGCCGACCUAAUCCUGGUGGCCGACUCUCUCAUUGAAGUGUUCAACCUUAACGAAAAAUAUUACGACAUCACCAUACUUUGCACCUUCAUGUCUCUUUUCCUGCAAAUUAAUAUGUACAGCAGCAUUUUCUUCUUGACGUGGAUGAGCUUCGACAGAUACAUCGCCCUGGCCAAAGUCAUGAAAUCCAAUAUAUUUAGGACUAAGGAGCACGCCAGGAUAAGCUGCGGUCUCAUCUGGAUGGCAUCUAUCUCCGCCACGUUGUUGCCGUUCACGGCGGUGCAAAUUCAACACACGGAGGACGUGCAUUUCUGCUUCGCGGACGUCAAGGAAAUCCAAUGGCUGGAAAUCACCUUGGGAUUUAUCAUCCCCUUCGCAAUUAUUGGUCUUUGUUAUUCGCUAAUUAUCCGUGUGUUAGUAAGAGCGCACAAACACAGGAGUCUGAGACCCCGUCGGCAAAAAGCCCUACGGAUGAUCGUGGUGGUUGUUUUGGUGUUCUUUAUUUGUUGGCUACCGGAAAACGUCUUCAUUAGCAUCGGACUUCUGCAAGGUAGCGCGGACAACCAGACAAACAACCAUUCUUUCAGACACAACCAUCCCCUGACGGGCCACAUUGUAAACCUGGCAGCGUUCUCCAAUAGCUGCUUAAACCCACUUAUUUAUAGCUUUUUAGGGGAAACUUUCAGAGAUAAGCUUCGGCUCUACAUCAAGGACAAAAGAAGCAUGUCGGCAUUCAACCGGUUCUGCCAAACCUCUGUGAAGUCCGUCAUUCCUGAAAGUUCCGAGCAUUCGGAAGCUAAAUAUAUCAGUGGUGUAUAAAUAAAAGUUUUGGGUUUUUUUACAAAAAAAAAUGACUAUUUCUGCGAGUUUGGGUUGUUUUGUAUGAGAUUAAAAACAUUUUAAUUGCUUUAUUUCCACGCUGAUUGUAAUAUCCUGUGUCGGAGAGAAAAUUUGGGCACUUGCCAUCGAUAAAAAUGGUUG